AUGUUUUCGAUGGGUGUUUUCGUUGUUCUAGUAAAACUAGCGGGAUUGCUAAGCAGCAUCGAAGGAAAAAGGCCCGGUAGGUUAAAUUUAUGCAAGUAAUCGUUUAAACUCUUUAUGAUGAAUUUUCGGGUCGCACGUGAAUUGAUCUUGUUGAUGAUGGCAUUAGUCACAUGUUGCAAACACUGCCCGUCUCCCGCGGCCGAAUCGUAAUUAUUUCUCUGUUCUUUGCUCUUAGAAACUCAAACAGAAAAUGGAAAUGUCAUUCCUUUUGUGACAUUCCCUGCGGUCUUAGAUAGCAAAGCGAAAUUUGUCGCACAUAUGGCUCGUAAAUUUUACCGCAAACAACAUUCAGAGGAAGCGCACAACAAUGAAAGACCAGCAGCUGUUAAAGAGGAACCUUUGCACAUCGAAGUGCCUACUUUCGGCGGCAAAAAUCUGCGUCUUCGCCUCUCGAAGAGCAAGAAAUUUACAGCUCCAGGACUGGUUAUUGAGAAGGAUGGUCACUUAAGACGUCAUAAUCCCAACUGUCAUUACCAAGGCACUAUCGUAGAUCAACCGAAUUCUAGAGUAUCUCUUAGCUAUUGCCAGGGUCUGGUAAGUACCGCGCACCAAAGCUUUAAAUAUGUCUCAGUCUUUAAGACUGUGUUAUUUUGUUUAAAAAAAAAACGCAACAAGAUGGGGCAGAGGGUGCGUGUGUCACAGUUAGGCCCAAAAUUAUUCAGUGAGCCGGAUUGUUGAUUCUGUUUUAUUCAUUACGGUUAUCAACCUGGCGGUUGAGCAAAAAAACACAGUGCUUUUCUGUAAGCCACCUUAACUUACACUUCAAAGCUAAUUUUAAGUGGCAGCAAGAGAUUGCAAAAGCAUCUUUUGGGAGAAUUUUAAUAACCUUAAGUUCGAGUUAUCCCCAGGAAAGGAAAGACGGCUUUAGUAGAAUAAGCCUUGCAUGACAAGUUACUUCCAGGAACGCUAAGCUUAUUUCCCCUCAGGUCUUAUAACCAGCACACAGAAUACUGGAAUACGUUUCCGGAUACGUUAUAAUUGAAAGAAAAAAACGUACGUUUUGUCAUAUGCCUGUGACGUAAAAGAAAUUGAUGGACAGCAAAGGGGUCCAGUAUAAAAACCUCACGUAGUGACAAAAAUGCAAAGAUGUGUAAUCAUAAGAAAGCGCACUUUGUUUAAUUCUCAGACAUAAGAUUUCUGUACAGAUGAAGACAGACUCAGUAAUAAAGAAGUAUCGUUUUUAUUUCCCACGGUAUAGGUAAAGGUCGUAAAAAUUGUUUGUUGUGAUAUGGUUGUCAGCACAUUGCUUAAGCUUCCCUUUUCCGUUUCAAAAUUAUAAAUACUUUGUACGAACACGUUUUAAAAGUGUAUGGUAUUUUGCUCCAGGGCUUCUAAAAACACUCAAGGGGCAACGAGCGAAUUGCGUGCGGAAUGCAAUUAAAGAGUUUAAAUAUCUAGUUUUUGCUGUCAGCAGCUCUGUUAACUUUAUAACAUUUCGGUAAGUUUUUAGGUAGGCGGUACCGAAGACCUCGCAAUCUUUUACAAACAUUUUGCAGGGGAACUUAAAGAAAAGGAAGUAAGGCUAAAAGACAUACUGGGUGGGCCAGCCCGGACUAAGCAAACAACAAGCACAACCUAUCCAAAGGCAAGGUGGUCGUAUACAAGAGCGCAAACCAUCUAAAUGAAAUGAAUUCAAUAGGUGUUUGGGAUUACCAGCUGUCAGAAACUGCAAGCAGGCUAUUUCCCCUAAAUACAGUAUCAGACAAGUCUAUAUUUCUGGCUGCUAGUCGAUGUCUUCCAAAAUUCAACCAGCUGAGAAAUUUUCGCGAAAUCGUUUGCGAUCGACAUUUGCAACGGAAUGUACAUCCCAAAAACGUUUUGCGUGUCCCAAGAAACUACUCGAACGCCAACAGUAGGACCAGUUGAUUGCCUCCGUGCGGCAUUUCUUUCAUUUGUCUUAAGGUCAAGAUUUCUCUUUUUUUAUCUGACCAAAUCUGUCACAUCAUGAUGGCGACAAUAGGGAACCCCAAAACUCGCGCACAAAAUAUUCGUCCACAUAAAGUCAAAUCCUGCUUUACGGACACCUCAUUAUUACGGACAGAUUGCUUUGUCCCUGAGGAAAGAAAGCCCUUACAUUUUCAAUAUAAAGUUUCAACCCGCUUAACAUAUAAUACGGACUCUUUCUAUGGCCCCCUCAAUGUCCAUAUUAUCGGGGUUUCACCGUAUUCCUGCCAUGCAUAGUUCCUCCUUCCCCCUGCCUUGCCGGGAGCAACUUAGGAGGAAGGAUUAUAAAUGAGGUUUAGACGUUAAUGCAUCUUGAUGGAAAUAACAGUAGUUAACCUUCUUUACGCACGUCUUAUUUUCAGACUAUCAAUAACGCCUUUUGUCUUUAUGAUUGCUUAAGAAGCUUUGAGUUUAAGUGAAUUUCCUGUCCACAAACCACUUGCACUGUUUUUGUGUCAUCCAUCAUGAGGCUCUCGCGAAAAAAGGUUCGUUGCUUAAACUGAGGCAAACUACAAGGUUUUCUGUGUACAUACUCCCUUUUUCAAGUACUAUCUCACGGAUCGCUAUUUCUUUCAUCGGCCCCUUAUCAAAGUCACAACAGAGUGAGUAGCCCAGACGACAACUGAUAUCGUGACACGAAAAUACCGUAACCUUCCGACAGUUCUACAGAGAAACAAUGUUUACUUAGAUAAUAGAGAUUUUCAACGCUGUUUGCUUAAGCAAGAUUCGCCUUUUUAUCAAGCAAGGACACUAUCAAAUGCCCAUCUUUCUUCGUCUAUUAAAGACAAAUCGUCAUUUUAUACAAGUAACAAGGUUAAGAUGAGAGGGGAAGCUUUAAUUGGUAACAGUAUCUAUUUCUAGUUAUCGAAUUAGGAAAUCCUGACGUGGAAGAAAGGUGGAAAUGUUUUCCGCGCUCGAGAGAUUCUGGAGAUUAUUUUUUAAUCUGGCUGAUAAAUAAUUAAUUAACUUCCAAAGUUAAGAUUUGGUGCAAACACUAAUUGAUUUUUUUAAAUAUGGCAAAUAUUGAUCAUCAGAUAAGUUUCAUCAGUCUAGAAUAAACCAUAUGAAAGCAAAUCAGUAAAGAAGUGCGCAGGACAAUGUUUAGUUCGAAAAGUCUUCGAGUCAGCCGAAGAGUGUGAAGUCGGCUUCAAAGAGUUUGAACCUUUCCAAAUUGUCUUCUUUACUCAGAAUAUUCCUAAAAACAAACGAAGUACUCUAGGAACAUAACUCAAUGAACACAACACCCAUUCCGCCAUGGCCAUGCUACUUGAACAUUCAAGGGAGCUGUUUGUAAUAGUGGAAUUCUCUAAGAUUGGCCUAUUCUAUACUCGAACGUGAAAACCAUUUUUUGUGGUGCUCACACACUGGAAGAUGAAUAAAUGUUUUUGCCAAAUUUUUCAAGGGCCAUUUUGUGGGUCGGCUGUCCCUUCGUAAUUCUAGCGUUGUUGACAGAAAGACUCCUGUGUUACUAGCUGUUUUAGCGAGCACCGAGUGCCUCGGGAAACGAAUGCACCGAGUGCAUCCAUAUUCUAACGCACGCGCCUUACUCGCCAGGAAAACUGACGACCCUGUGAUCUAAAGUGAACUCAGAAGGUGAAAUUCUUUGGAUAGUACGAAUAGCGUGUAGGUGGUCUAGGGAAUGACUCAUUAUGUUUUUAUUUUUUUUAACAGUUAAUUUCCUAAAGGUCAGGUUGUUUCUAGCACUUGCAGAACGCAGGCAUGCUGAGCCCUUUUGCUGAAAAACCCCAAGACCGCUUAAUUUCCCUACCAUGAAAGCGCGAAACUUGUGGAAAAUAAAGAGCGCACUGAUUUCAAGAGAGGAGUGGCAUCAUAUGAUCGAUGUCGACUUUUCUAACAAAAUAGCGCCUCAAAACAGAGCCAUGACCUUUAGCUGUUUUAAAAGUGUUUUGUUUUUUCCUUUGUCAAGUGAUUUAUAUUUAUUAGAAAGGUAUUUGCUCUCAGUAUAGCUUUGUCGAUGUACACUAUGUUGUCAUAGAAAUCUAAACGGAGUUUCAUUUAAGAAUAAAUGUUUAUUAGUUAGUUCAUGAUGAUGACACCUUGGUGUCUAUUCAUUAUGCGCGGUAAAGACCUUGUUUCCUCAGCACCGAGCCAAGUAAACGACAAUGCCUCUUUUGGGGUUAUAUAGUUAUUUAAGAAGUAUAGACAUUACAUGUUGAAUGACCCUCAAUCACCAAAGUAAUAAAACAGACUGCGGAAAUUUCGAGGGUUUAUAACCUUCAAUUAAAUUAACUGUAUUAUCAAAGGUUACGCUUAUUUCACGAACAUAACAUGCUGAAAAACGUCCUACCUAAUUAUCACAUUUUAGAUACCAAGUUGUCUGCUUUUACUUAAAAUACUAUAACAUAACUUGAUUAAAUUACUGCAAGAUUUUUUUUUGAUUCGUUAAUGAUAUUUCCAUCUCGUACUUUUUUCUGAAGUACAGUGGUGGUUCGACAACAACCGUAAGAAGAACUUAAAACAACAGCAACAAUGACAACAACAACAAAUAAACAAAUAAACUAAUGUAUGAGUAAAAUCUAAGCUCUCUCCUAAGGAGUGAAAAGGGGUUGGUUUGAAGUUGGCUUACCCCUAUGUCCCAUAAUUCUAUGCGGCAUGGAGUGCGUUCGGGUCACGUGGUUAUAUUGAAUAUUAUCAAAGGAGUUUGUCUUGGACAGGUCACCCUAGCGCCUAUAUCCGUGAAGACCUGGAAAAACGACGGACGAAUAAAUACUAUACACUGAAGACCCAAUCUUUCUUAGGAAAAGACAGCCUGAGCUAGUUCAUAGAAAUAGGUUACAUGUACACGCGUGAAUGACAAGAUUCUUUUUUGCUUCUAGAAAGGACUCAUCCACACUGAAGAUGGCGAUCACUUUCUUAUUGAACCAGUAGAAGAAAGAAAUUCGUCAAACACGGUCGAUAAACAUCCUCAUGUGGUGUACAAGAACCCAGUGAGAGUUCGUAUGUUACCAAGGAAACAGAAUGGAACGUUCUGCAAUGACCAAGGUAUAUAUUCUCUGUCUACAUUUUAAACAUUAAUAUGGCAGCAUACCAUUGUGCUUGCUUAACUUUUUCUGUGUUUGCGUAAAAGCACAAGGAAAUGCAAACUGUUCUAUACUAUUGUGAGUUCACCUUGUCCCUCGGGGGUCCGUUUGAACGAUAAAACAAGAGAAUAAAAAAAAGAACGGUUUCCUCAGGGCUCUCAUAAUUGUGGCGUUGAUAAUGUAUCUCUUUGUCUCUCCUUGAUAUAUCCCCUAUGUUUCUCCUAGCACUGUCAAUCAGUUACAAUUGAGUCACUCGCCCAAAUUUGAUGAUAUCAGUACCGAUACCAAAUUUCUCUCACUUGCUUCUACCGUUUUUCAGCACCAAUUAAACGACGUUCGCAUGCCCCGUUCUCGGAAAGGAAUGUAAUGCCGAAAAGACGUACAAGGCGUUCAGUAAGUACGGAGAAGAAUGUUGAGAUGUUGAUGGUGGCUGAUCAAACCAUGUACCAGUUCUACAAAGACGGACUGGAGGAAUACUUGCUAACUAUAGCAAAUAUGGUAUGUUAUCAUUUACUGUGAGUUAGUUAGGUAGUGUGUACUAAAAGAAAGGAGUUGAUAAAGAAAAAUGACUAGACGUCGAUGAGUGUAUAAAUAGCAUAUUGGAGGUAAGCUCAGCUGUUUUCUCAGUUCAGGCCCCAGUUUUUCAAAAGGUGGAUAGCGCUAUCCAUCGGAUAAGUCUCUAGCCACUAGUUAGCACAAUUGCUUUUCCUAAUACUUAUCCACUAGAUAGUGAUUUAUCCGGUGGAUAGCGCUAUCCAUCUUUUGAACAACCGGAGCCAGGUGCAUAAAUGGAAAAUGUUAUCUCGGAUGGGAGAAGUCUUGCGCUGCAUAAGCCUCGUAUUUUCGCCAUUUUCACUUUAUACAGUCAAACCUCCAAGAGCGACUUCUCGUUAGCUACCACCUCCUAUUCACCACUACAGAUCUAGCCUUGCGUUGCAGACGUGAUCUAACCCCCGUUAGUAACGUCUGCGAAGCAGCGCCGAGAUACUUGUUCGGCUCCCCCGAGGGACUCAGUGAAUGACGGGAAAUACGAUUCGAAUUUUUCUUCUCAAACUCAUUAAUAAUUCAUAAAGAAAAUACAAGGAAAUUAAAGUUUAGUGAGUGUUUGGAAAUCAGAUGAAAAACUGCUCCUUUUUGCAUCCUUAAUUUUUCCCUCUAAAAUCAUUUUGUUUCAGACGUAAUGUCAAGCAUUCGACACAGUGUUUCAUCACCAGAUGAAACACCUCGAAGUUAGUCAAAAAAUACUCCGCUGCGUGUCGUAUUUUCAACUCUCUUCUCAGUGUUUCAACUGGUGAUGAAACACUGCAUCUCAGGCUAGAUAUAUUACUUCAACCUGAUUGGAAAAUCGGCAGUGGCACUGUUAACGGGCCAAUCGUGAGGCGUACUCACAUCCUGGAACACAUUUGGGGGCUCAGAACAAGGAAUUCAGGGCUGUCUCGCAGGCGGACUUUUCAGAAGUUUACUUCCAUCUGUGGCGCAGGCUACCACAGAUUCAGUUUCAGUUCAGUCAAAGCUCUGUAAUUAGAAGCUCACAUGAACGAACAUCGCUCGGAAACAAACGCGACCACUUUUUGAAGAUGGAAUUGUUUUUUAUCUCUUUUAGGUGAGCAACAUAUUUAGAGAUCCAAGCAUUGGCACAGCGAUAAACAUUGUACUCGUUCGAUUGAUGAUUCUCAAGGAAAAUCCGGUAAGAGUUGGAUCGUGAUCCAAUCAGAAAAUAUCAUCUGUCGGCUUUCUCAGUAUUUCAGUAUCAAUUUAGAUUCUCGCGUAAGAAGCGAUUACGAAGACUUCCUAUGGUAGGAAUUUCCAUAAAAUCCCCCUGCAUUUUCCGAAAGUUGCCAGAUACGUUUUCACCGUGUCUACAGAAGCAACCUCAGAGCCUGUUUUCAGUGUAUAACUCAUGAUAUAUAGACUUAUUCUUUAACCUUGCGUUGAGCUACAAAGGUGUGAUCUUUGAAAAUCGUUUGUUUUCUUUAAUUCCCAGAGCUCCUUGAAAGUCACUCACCAUGCUGGGCACACGCUUAAACACUUCUGUCGCUGGGCUUCUCUCAUCAACCCCAAAUCAGAGGCCCAUCCUAAUCACCAUGACAUAGCAGUCUUAAUCACAAGGUAGGUUACUGACGUUACUUUGAAUGACCUUCCCACACUGUAUAUCAGAGGAUCUGUUUUAGCCUAAAAACACACGGCAGUCCUAUUUUUUAGUCUAAUUCAGGGCCAACACUGUCCAAUUACCUAGGGCUGAUUUGGACCCAAGGACUAAAAUGGGCCCCAGCCUGGGCUGGAAUAACCUUUUGAUUGUGCUUAAAUGGCUCCAGGAAGGGCUGAAUGAGACUUUGGCCUGCAGGGCUGAACUGGCACUUUGGGGCUGAAAUAGAUCUUUUUAAUUUUCAGUGAAUAUCUCCAAUGUCUUCGCCCGCACUUCCUCUUCCCUUUCUAACUCACUUAUUAAUCUGUCCAGCCUAGUCCUAGGAGUUCUCUGUUUCCCCUUUGUCUGCGAAUAGUCUAGGGUAGCAGAAAGAGAGUCUCUCAGUGACGUUACAGCUCACGUUAGUCCGGGUUUGACGGAGCUGAGAACGCCUAGGGGCCUUUUCCUGAUUUGCCUUUAACUUCCGUGGUGCCUGGUAUAUAAGAAUACGAAAAUAUUUUUCCAUUACAAGUUUUAAUGGUAUCUGCCUAUGUAGCUUAUAAAGGGAGAAAGGGGCAACUGUGUCCUUACUGUUGAUGAUUGCAAGAUUUUACUCAAACGUUUCUUUUUUGGUAGGCAUGAUAUUUGUAAAGGAAUUAAUGAACCUUGUGAAACAUUAGGUAAGGAAAACAGCAACCAUUUUUAGCCAUUCUGACAACCUGUUUCUUGUCUUGUUAAAGCCGUUUAUUGAAAGCAGAUAUACGAGUUUUUUAAAAAGCAAUCAUAUUAUAAAUUAUUAGGGAACGCAAAGGUUGUUCUAAUAGAAAACAAAGCACUUCCUGUAUAUAUCUAUUGCGACACUUUUACUCGAAUAAUUAAGCUGGUUUUUUUCUCAAAUUAUUCAAAAACGACCAAUCCAGAAAUACGCGUACGCACUAAAUCUACCACGAAAUCUCUGUCGUGAAAUUUAGCAUCACUAGGAAAGUGAGAGAUGGCUUCUUAAUUGGGCGAAACACAAAAUGACCACUUUAGACUUUCAAAGCAGGAAGAAAGAAAGGUUUAAAUAAUACCCUGCAGCAAAUACACCAGAAGACGCGAACGAACAAUUAAAAUUGAAUAAGAAUAGAGCAACUUACAAUCGGGGUAUUUGAAAACUUGUUAGCCGAAAGGUUUUUCAAAGCAAAUCUUUGUUGAUUGUAACUUUGAUAUAAAGCGUGGGGACAUAUUUGUUUGUCACGAGGCUGUGAUUCUGUCAUUUAUAUAUAGUCUCUUCGCAAACGUUGAGCCCUGUAGCGAUUACGGUUAACAAAUUAAAAGGAUUAAACAAAACUGACUGUACUGCCGUAACAUCAGUGGAAGCCCUUAUACAUAAAUAUACAAUUUAGCUAAUCUCGUAUCGAUUUUUAGGCCUUUCACAGGUGAACGGUCUCUGCACCAGAGAUAAAAGCUGCAAUGUGAAUGAAGACAGUGGCCUUACGUUAGCGUAUACCAUCGCCCAUGAGAUAGGACACAAGUAAGGAUGGUAGCCUGUAAUUCAACCAUGCAAUCUUCCUGCCCUUUCUCCAAACACUGGUCUUUGAUCCUUGUAAAAAAAAUGCAGUGAGGAAGCAAAUGUUUUUGGCAAAUGCAGAGAGCAUAGGCAACGAACAUUUCAGAGACUGACCGAAGAGUGCAUAGUUGCACUAGUUUGAGUUUGUUAUGGCCAGUUGUUCCCUUUACCUUGUAAAAGUUUAAACGUGACUGUUGAUCAAUUAUCUAAAAGGGUAGCUAAACUGGAGGAGAAAGGAACUCUCUUCCUUUUAACCCUCUUUUUUCGUUUCUUAUAAUUCCUAUAUUCUUUACACAUAUAUGUUUAGGCAUUCAAUCUUACUGUCCCCGCGAUCACCUUGCACGACUGGCUGCCGGUAUAGAGAUUAACACAGUCAUGUAGAUCAUCCUGCCCUUUUUUGACCCACUAUGAAACAGUCAAAUAUUUUGGAAAGAGUUUCUGCAUGAAAACUCUCUCAUAAAACCAUUUGAAAGAUAAGCCAAUGGCGGAAGAAACGAGAAAAGUGUCGUUGUUUUCAUUCCUUUUGCUUUUUUGUUUGUUUGUUUGUUUGUUUGCUUUUUUACUUCAAAAAGGUCUAGAAAACUGACGAUAAUAAAAACUGCGAGCAUUGAAGACUCCCGGCGGUGGGGGGAGGCUCCCAUAUAAAAGUGACGGAGAAAUUAAAGAUUUUGGGAGGGGGUUUUGGGAUGGAAAGCUAAUAUUUUAGCCCAUAAACGUAUCACGUUUGGUCGUCCGUAAGGAAAUAACUAGUGUAUAUAUUUAAGAAAGAAAACAAUGUUUAAUGCUGUAUUGAAGUAUGAUCUCCUUAAGGGGUCGAAAAAGGCCUGAGCCAGGCCCAUAUUGGUCUCCUUAUUCGAAUUCUUCCAUUCCCGAGAGAAGAGUAAUAUAUUAUCCUCUCGCUCUCCAAUCGUUAAGAAAUGAAUGCACUUUUCUUUCCGGAAAGAAACAAUUUUAUCAUCAAAGCCUUUUACAAGGCUUUCACAAGAUUAGUCGUUCGCUCGAAAGACGAGAAAAGUGUCACAAACGCUUUUUUUUUUUUUUUUCAGUGACCAAAAUUAGAAAACAAAAUUUCAAGUGAAAUAAAAUAGCAUCAAGAAAAGUUUAGCUAAUGGUGAUGUCAUCUGAUUUUAAUGGUGCCGAAACCAAAUGUGGCAUUGCACACAUUUAAGGCAUCCUACUGAUAAACAGUCACGACUUUUCUAUAAUCAGAGCAAAAACUAUUUGCUCUGUCCCCUUUGAAUUGUGUACUUUUGCGUUGUUUAUUGGGUGCAAAAUGGCUUUUUAACUAAACGGUAUCGAAGGGCAUUCAAGGAGUUUACAACCUACAAGAAUUAAUAGGGCGUUUCUCUUACCUCAAUACUCAUAUGACAAGAUGAAUCGAGCGCGCGCCCCGGCAGUGGACGCCAAAGUGUCUAGGUUGUAUUCUCGUAAUUAUUUAAGGCUUGUAUACACACUGCAUCUUAUCGUUUUAAGGGAUAAAGGUGCUAAAGGGCAUUUUAAAAUAACGCCGUCUAAAUAAAAAGGUUAUCACGUUGGAUCUAUUGUAGACCUGUUUUUUGUGAUAUGCGAAUGGUCUCUAUACAUACAUUUCAGCUCAAGUAAUUUCUUUUUUCGCGUUUCUUAAAACUUAAAUGAUAAACAGAUCAUGGAAAAGAACUUUUUGUCAACCUUAUUGAAAACUGCUUGUCCGACUGUAUGAGCACACACUGAAAAUUCCGGCAUAACCUCAGCUUAUAUGCUAAGAAAGGGAUCUCACUAAGACAACGCACAAACGCUUUAAUCUUACUUGGUUUGCAGCCAAUAUUAGCUGAUAACCCACGAUAUGUGAUGGAAACCGCUCGUGUAUUGUUGAGAGACAUUAAGUUCUACUUAAUUCUUGAACAAAACAGUUCAAAUAUUACCAGGACAUUUCCUUACACAGCCAGUUUGUCUACGAGGUGCUCUCGGCAUCUUGAUGACACUAAUUUGAUUUGCAAGCUCUUGAGGGAUUUAGCGCAGUUUAGAUCGCCGGGAAGAUAAAAUAUCUUGCCUGAUUUGAAACUUUUGAGAUGACUAAUACUUAAAUACUUAAACAAUGCUGGCCCAAGACUGUUAUCGUUUUCGUAAUUCAAGUGUUCUUAACAUGAUAAGCAAAAGCCACGCGCCACCAGAUAAACGUUUUGGAAUAAGGCUUCUUUUUUUAGUUAAGAUGCCGCAAAUUUUACCCAAGUAAAAGAUAAAGAGCGGCGGAAAUCCUACAAUAAACUUUCAAUUAAAUUACAGUUAGAAAGUUCGGAAAGCGACCGCCGAAGUUAAUUCCGCUAUCCAAUAUGGGCAAUUUUGAUUCUUGACUUACUGUUUGAUUCUUGUCUUCUUUAUAUCAUUAGCUUUGGAAUGUUGCAUGAUGGGAAUGAAAAUAAAUGCAAAUGGCGCCAUGACAAACCCUUCCUCAUGUCUCCUCAGUUGGAAGCUUCUGGUCGCGCACACUUAUGGUCAUCGUGCAGCAGAAACUAUGUCAGGCGUUUCUUGAAGUAAGCUUCUUGAUUAAGCUAUCGACUGUUUAGACUUACAGCGCUUUCAUACUGAUUCAAAAACUGAAAGAACCUCGACCUUCAUGUCUUAUCAGAGGGAAAAAGCGAUCGCCAAUUUUAAUACUUCUUAGAGUCCGCCAAACAACGCCUAUACUAAUAAAAAUUUACGAAGAAAAUAACUAAAUGUCUCGAGAAAAUAAAAACCCUGUUGACUUAUAAGUCACUAUAAUUGAAACAAUUUAUAUUUGAAAAAUCAUUACGAGGGUAAAAAGUAUUAAAGUAAAUUUUGCUAAUAAAAAGACAAUUUUUCCUUUUAAGUUGCAUGUGAUCACUUGUUCAUUGCAGCAAAGGUUGGAGUCGUUGUCUUGAUGAUGAGCCUGCAAAACAUGACUUCAAAUUUCCCACAAUGUUGCCUGGGGUGAUAUAUGACGCUGACCACCAGUGUCGCUUGCAGUACGGCCCUAGUUCAUCUCACUGCACAGGCAUGACGGUAUGUGUGAAAUUUUUGCUGUGACUGAUCAAAUAUAACAACGUAGCACUCUACCAUACCAAUGGUUACCUCUUCGUAAAUUUUAAUUUGCCACCGAUAUACGUGCAUUCCGGAUGAGUUUUUUAUGGCCUAUGCCGGAUUAUCCGGUUCUUUGUGUUAACCGUAUCUAGUUUUAGUUCCUAGUUUCUUUUGCUUAAGAUAAUUCCAAUGUUAACCUGUCCUUCUGAUCAAUACAACAGUGAUUUUCGAAACUAAGUACCUCCCCAGGUGACAUAGGCAGUAAGUCUAAAGUAGCCACUUCGUGCUUUCUUGCUUUGUCAUAUUAGGCCGUAGAUAGAUAUCCUUUAUUAAAAACGCGAUAAAAGCUCAAUUUAAGGCUUGAUCGAUCGUGGUUUCGUUAAACUUUACCACAGGACAUCUGUAAUCGUUUGUGGUGCCGAGUAGGAAGGGCGUGUCACUCUAAACUGGAACCAGCAGCUGAUGGAACAAAGUGUGGCGAUGAUAAGGUAGAACACAUGCAGUACUGAAAGAGUUAGUUACAUUGUAAAACCUCUUACAUCACGCAAAAUCAUGUUAGUUUCUAUAUAUUUCGUCUGCGUGAGAGACUGCAUACCUCAUCUGGCUUUCUGUGGGGAUUUAUUUUACGCAGCAUGGCCUGUUUCAGUUGUUAUUUGAUCAAUUAGAAGACAUGUCAAACUAUGAAUGAUUCUGAAAAGUAUAGAACACGGUCUAUGUAUGUACCUCAUAUACGCCCAAUGGGUCGUAAUUUACAGGGUCUGUUACAAAAAGGCGGUAGUUAUUAUCCUCUGAACGAAAAAUGAUUUGAAUGUUUUUGAGAGUCGCGCUGUAAUGAAUAGGCUGACAAGAUUUAGUCUCCUGAGUAAUGAGGUGAAGCACUUUCCUGUUCUUGAAAAACCACUGAUGCUGGGUUCAUUUUCGCCUGCCAUACCGCUUGUGGGUGUUUUAAUGAUAACUCAAGUCUGAUACGCUGAGUUGACUAGAGACAACUGUACUGAAGAGGACACUGGAAAAUGUCUUUCCUCUUUCUAUAUGCCUCCAGUGGUGUUACAAGGGAAGCUGCAUCGAAAGAGGAAUGAUACCAGACAGUGUUGAUGGAGGGUGGGGUCCGUGGAAGGAUUACAGUCAAUGUUCCAGGACCUGCGGCGGAGGAGUUUCCUUUACAGAGAGACAUUGUGAUAAUCCACGGUAAGUAGGCAAUGAAAGCGGUGAUGAACUUUUCAUACAAGAGAAUUUGGACGUAUUCAUAAAUAGGAAAUAAGGACCCUCUUUGAUCUCUCUUCCGAUGUCACGGUCAUAAGAAGUGAUUUCUGGAGCCACGUAGCUCUCAAAACCAAGUUCAGAUCUAGACAUAAAUUCUGGUUUAUUUUGAUUCUGUCACAGUAAACACAAUAUCUUCCAUCCGUCCUCAGAGUAUUUCUAUCAAUGCCUACGUCAUCCUUGAGAAAACAGAUGAGGUGAUGUGUUAAAAGAAAGACCAUGAAUACGAAUGGCAAGUCCCGGCAAAUCCUUACCAACUGAGAGAAAGUAACGUUUCUGAUACUUAAAGCGCUAUUUUGGUGAGUCUUGUAAUUAGGCUUGUUAUUUCUUAGACCUGCCCACGGAGGAAAGUACUGUAUUGGUGAAUGGAAGAAGUACAAACUUUGCAAUAUACAGGUAAACCGAUAAGCCCCUUGGUUUAAUAGCUUGUCUAACGGAACAUUCUAUAAUCUUCCCCUUAUGGCCACAAAACCUCAUGGCAUUAUAUGAGUCUACUAAUUUGGUUUUUACUUUCCCUUCAGCCGUGUCCUGAGGGAAGCGCAAGUUUUCGCGAGUUGCAAUGUUCCCGGUUUGACAAUAAACGUAUAAACAACAGAUUAUGGAAAUGGAAACCCCGUUAUUCACAAGGUGAGGAAUUAUAAUUUAAUACGGCUCUAUGGCAUCUUUGUGCCAAUGCAGUUUCUUUAUUCGAUUCUAUAACAGUCUUAAACGUCUUUCAUUGUGCAACUUCAUAACCCCCUCAUAUCUGUGAUUUUGUUUGUUUGUUUUUGUUUUUGUUUUUUCUUUGCGAUUUGUGAUCAGUUGUGUUUUUGGCAAACUUGAAUACCACCAGCUAACUUCUUCUUUAAACGUUGUUUAAAAAAGAGAGCCGCAACGGGCGUUUAUACUGUCUGUGUUUUUUUUCCUUGUGUCCCUUCUGGGAGAGAAGUUUUUUUUGAAAUAAUUCUAAUCAUUAUUUUUAGUUUAGUCAAUGGAAUCUUAUUUUCGGGGCCUUUUAAAAACUUUUAUGGAAAGAAAGCUGGAAACAAAUCUGCAACUGCAAGUCCCUAAGUGUCACAUCGGUAUCUCAGAGUGCCUGCUUUAGCUUUUAUUUCCGAAAGCGACUCGGGAAGCACUAAGAGUUAGAGAACGAGACGCUUUGCGCAAACAACGCCAUGCAUUCACCUACUUACAGAUUAUGUAUUCAUUUUCGUUUUAUUGCUUUAAAGUUUCUCCAUGUGAACUGCACUGUUCACCUAAAGGUCUGUUUGGAUUGUACUUCUCCAAGAAGUUAGCUGAUCAAGUGCAUGACGGGACACCAUGUGCUCCCGGGAGGCGUGAUGUCUGCAUUAAUGGCAAAUGCGAGGUUUGUACAUUUUAAUAGGCCAUUUGCACGAUGACGUCAUUUUACCACUACGAGCAGAAUCCUUCAGGGUUUCGCUUUUUUGUGCAAAUUAGGGCUUUCUUUAUUUAAACCUUGCCGGUAUUACCAAAUUUAAAUGUGAAAGGAAAAACGAAAAUGAUUCUGGUUCUAGUAGUAAAAUGACGCCAUCAUGCAAAUGAUCUAUUCUCUUUAUAAACUGAGCACUCAAGAUGGCGACGGCAACCGUAUCUUAAACAACAAUGUCUUUGCCUUAACUACACUUAACACAUGUUUUACCUUAACUUUGCACCUGCAACGUGCUAAGGAGGAAGGAUAGGCUUUGCUGUCUCUAUCUCAAUAUAGCAAUGUAAAAUUUUUAUCAUACCGUAAUGGUGAAAUGGUAGAAGAACAGGUUUUGCUCCCAUCACUGAUUAAGUUAAGUUUACCAUCGAGCUUUGACUUCUACAGUGAAGAAGAUCCUGUUCAAGUUUUCCUUUAAAUGUUUUUUUUUGUGUGUGUUCUUUCUGUAGCAUGUUGGUUGUGAUAAUGUUCUUCAUUCAACCGCUAAGGAAGACAAAUGCGGCGUGUGUCGUGGUAAUGGUACGGCGUGUGAGACCGUCAAGUCAACGUUUGACCAAAAAACCGGUUACGGUAGGACGUUCACGUCAAUAAUGUGUUACUCUGUACACUUGAAUGGCUAAAGGAGAUUUCCUAUUCAACCAAACUAACUCAUCAGACAAGAUUUACGAGGAUAGCAGUGAAUUAAGAUUCCUAAAGUAUGUGAUGAUUAAGAAACAAGUUCGUUGCUUUCUAAAUGCCAUGCAAUGUAUAACUCCUGCCCCAUUCACCGUUAGAGCUAAAGCAUGUUUCACAAUUGUCCUGACAGUUAAUCACUGUUAUAUAAAAAAUUUUUUUAUCAUAAAAGGUAAGGUGUAAAGGUAAGGUAAAGGCGCCCACGAGUCAAAGGCCCAAACGGCCGAAGCUUACUCCCACCCUGGAGGGAACGCUAUUCCAUCGCAAGGUUACCCCUCCCCCAGCAGUAUGUCGCCGGUAGCCAUUCAUACACGUGGGUGAAAAGAGGCAAAGUGGAGUAAAGUUCCUUGUGUAGGGAACCAACGCGACUGGGGCGAGGCUUGAACCCCGGACCUCCAGAUCGGGAGUUCGAGGUGUUAACCGCUCGGCCACACUUGCCUUCCGAUUUUUUUCAACGGGAGGAAAAUUAAGCAGAAAGAGAAUGCACGAGACAGUAUAAGCUCACUUAAAUCCUACGUAAAUAUCAAUCUGCUGUACAUUGUGUUUUUUUGUUUUCGAAUAGAGGGGGUUUGGUAUUUCCUGUGCGUAAUCGCUAACUUUGAUUUGAUUCUUAGCCUUUCAGUGCGAGAAGACGUUUCUUGCCUGUCGCUACCUUACACCCAACUCGAGCGGAUUGAAAUACUCCCGCUAUCCCACAAAACGCAUGCAGUGCAAGCUGCAGGAAAAGUUAGUUUUCAGUUUUCCUUCAUUAAUUUCGCUUUCUUAAAACUCAAAACACAGGAUACGUAGAGACAAAAGUCAUUCCAACUGGCGCCAGAAAUAUACGAGUUGAAGAAGUAGCUGGCGCGUCAAACUAUUUAGCCCUGCGGUCGUCAAGUGGUAAAUGGUAUCUGAACGGUGAUUGGUACAUUCAGCAGAGCGGUGAAUACACGGCUGGCGGUACCACAGUAUACUACAAACGCAGACACAACAAAGAGACUUUCGAAGCUCUAGGACCCACUACUGACGAACUUCAUAUCAUGGUGGGCUGAAAUUUAAACAGGCAUUUACCUAGCUGUUUAGUAUGGUUUAUUUUAUUUUUUAAAAUUUGAUGUAAAUGCGCAUCCAAAAUUAAACAAUAACUUUAUGUGUUUGCAAGUUUUCUCUACGGUAUGUGUAAAUACAAUAGAAUAAGAGUACCCCAACACCCAUAGAUUUUGCAAAAUUACUACAUGCGUGUCUACAACACCUACGUUUAACUCUAUAUCUGCAGUAAAAAUUCGAAAUCACAUCAGGUUGUUCUUUAAACUUUAUACCAGUAGCUUAUGCAAUAAACAACUUACUAAACUGUUCACGGUCCCCUAUUUUUUCGUGAGAUCGUUCAGUUAUACCGCGUCUUACCGUCACGGCUAUCUUUAUUUUCAAAUGUACCGAGGGGGCAGGCGUCGGGGAUUAUAGCUCUGGGGGAAGGGGGGGCCUCCUCCCAAACCGCCUCCGCCCCCUAAGAAGUUUUGACACUCAUGCAAGAUGGGUAACCCGUAACGCAAAGCGCUCGAUCUCGAUGAUCUUACGGAAAAAUAGAGGACUGUGAACAGUUUAACAACUUACAAGACGGAUGUUUUUUGCACUCACAGAAAAGAGAAAAAGAAGAAAGGGGCUAAGUUAGUUUGUAACAUAUUUAAUAUCUCAGUACAGGAGGAUGUUAUUCUUUUAUCAAUUCAGGAAAGUAGACUAACGGUCAAAUAAUUUCCUUUCUUCAAUUUUUUCUCAGCUUCUAUUUCAAACCAAGAAUCCUGGAUUAAAAUUUGAGUACACUAUUCCAAAGAAUCAGACAGUAACCCACGAACUUGUCUUCAGCUGGAAAUACAGAGAUUGGACAUCAUGCUCAGCUACUUGUGGUAUUGGUAAGUGAUACUUGGUUUACUGGCUUUCUUUUAUUGACCGCCUAUAUUUACACCUCCUAGCGAUCUUACUUUAUGCCUUUUACCUCAGACAUUGGCUAGACUCUAAGGCUCAUCAUUACGGGCGACCAGUUCGUGUCGGGUCACUUGGUCUAAGAGAAUUCCCGGCCGUUCGUUUCGGAUACGACACUGAAAUGAACUGAUCAAGAAGACCUGGAAAAAGACGCUGUACCCAGACUUUGGAAUUUUAGAAGUUUUAACAUUUAAAUCCACUGGAUGAAUUGCUCACAGGAUUUUCUGUUACGUUUUAAAACCGUAGAAGGCACUCGCACGAUGCUUAAUGCCACUGGGUUUUAUAUAUUUUGUCCCCUUGGGACUUAAGUCGCUACCUUGGGAAAACAGCUGCCUGGGAUCGCUCCCCGUCGCAAGGACGACCGGGAGCGAUGAGAGGCAGCUGCAUUCGCAGGCUAUAAACUUAAAUGCCUACUAAAACUAUAAUACUCUUUCUAGCCAAAAAAAAUAAUAAUUUUCUCUUUUCUAUCCUUCUUUCUCAACAAAGGAUGAUAAUAAGACUUGUGCUUGAAAUUGUUUAUUAGGUACGAAGCGCGCCGAGGUAGAGUGUGUCGAGGAAAGCGGGACGCCGGUGGAUGACAAAUAUUGCAAGGCCAUGCCCCGCCCUGAUGACAGGCAAAGGACUUGUAACGAAAACCCCUGCCCACCUACGUGAGUAAACCACAGACUCGUACCCAGUCGAGGGGGGGGGGGGGGGGAGGGGACUCAGGGGGGGGGACAUUUUUUUCUCCGUAUUUCCCUUGAAGCAAACCAACGUGUUUGUAUGUUUAGCACCCUAAAAUUUUCUAAUUAUACUUAAAAUCGUUUCCCCGACUGCCAAAGGGAGUACUUAAAUAAAGCAGACCCCUUACUGAAACCCGCCGCUCAGUGAGGAAAAGAAAACUUGCCCGCCCCCGCCCCCCGCUGAGAAAAAGAAAAAGUCCUAGCACGACACCCCCCGCCCCCGGCGGGGGAAAAACACCGCUGCUGGCCGGGGGGGGGGGGGGGGGGGGGGGGGCGAGGACUCAUGGGAGGGGACUAUUUUUUCUCCGUAUUUUCCCUUGAGUAAACCAACGGUCUUGUCAGUUUAGCAUCAUUAAACUUACCAUAUAUACUUGAAAUCGUUUCGCCGUCUGCCAAAGGGAUGUCUUGGAAUAAGCAGGCGCCUUCAUGUAACCUAGUGUACGAACAAACUGGUUUCAGUAGUCAAGUUCAUUCAGAAACUCAGUAUAUAGUGUAUGCAUAGUUUAUAUAUUCAGUAUUCAAGCGUAUCGUCCAAUACUAAUACCUAAUUUACCAUUCAAAGAAAUAGUCAAAAGUUCAAAAUAAAAUGUAAAUAAGCCAUUGAUAUAAAGUUAGCCUAAACUGGCGGCCGGGAAAAACUUAUUCUCAAUAACGCAGGCGAAACACAAAGUUUUCUCAACCAAGGCAACAACAGCAACCAUCCAUUACAAGAUACGAGUUCUUAAGAAGCAUAAAAUAAGGAGAAAAAAACGGUAUUCUUACCAAUUUCUAACUCUGUAGAAACUUUCACUGUCCAUUAUUUCGAGUUGCGGAUACGUUUGUUUACACUUCCUUAGAGCAAUUUCUUUCCACUUGUACGGUUCAGCUUCAAAAUUCAUUAGCGUCUUUAUAGGGUAAAUUCAUUUGCAACAUACGCAGCAGUCGCAUUUGCCAGUUGGGAUUUUUUUAUUUUGUUGCUGAGCUUAAAAACAAUAACAAAAUUCCAACGAGCAAACGCAAUGCUAUUUCCGUAUGCUGUAAAUGAAUCUACCCUUACCUCACCACCUUUUUUUGUUUUGGUGGUGUUUGUUCUGCGUUUUGGAAAAAAGCACGCAUUCCAAGAACAAUACGUCAACCUAAAAUAGCAAAAAUGCAAUACUCUAGGAAGAGUUCUUGGAACAGUUCAAAACACUCGCAGACGUGUUUUAUCAAUUCUAAUUAAUCCUAGCGCACACACACACAAAAACCAGCUGUUUUUGUUUUCGAAAUAACUCAAGUUCACAGUUUUUUUGGCUCUGUAGAUACCGUGUAACAAAAUGAUAAAACUCCAGCCCUUGCACUAAAAUAAACAUUCCUAAAGCUCCGGUUCUAUAUUUAUGGCUGUCCGAUGGGCGGAGUGCGAUGCCAAAAAGUCUGAAAAAGAACGUAAAAUAGAAAAGUAAGAACUACAAAGACGAUCAAAAGACAAAGGCUGAAGAGCAGUGUGAAGGGCAAACUGUUAUGAGGCCGGCCGGCAAAUUUAAUUUUGUUGCGGAGCCUUAUGCCCACUUCCUCUCCACAUAUUAUUAUUUGCUAUUCAAAUAGCUGGAAAUGUUUUAUCUUCCAAUUUUAGAUGGUGGAAGGGUCAGUGGCAGAAGUGUUCCAAGUCAUGUGGUAAAGGCAUCUCAAUUCGGUCAGUGCUUUGUGUAAGAAGCUCUGGAAAUGAUGAACAAGUAGCGUUAAAAGACGAGGCAUGUGUAAUGAUCACGGAGAAGCCUCCCGUUUUUAGGUCAUGUUUCAAGAGAGUGUGUCCUUUAGCUUGGACUGUGGGAUCCUGGUCUGAGGUAAAAGCUAUUUAUGCCACAUACAAUGUAUAUUUGAUGUAAAACUCUGGAGUCGAUCUUUUCGGGCCGAACUUUGUGCUUUUGAGGCUGGAUCUCAUUAAUAUCUCAAAUAUCCUCCCUCGGGUCUUUUUAAUCUUUGCUCGAUUAGUGCUCGUCCAUGGUUGCUGCAGCAUUCAGAGGCAUUGCAACCCUACUAACGUUCUAACACAGGUCUCCUAUCGAUUCUAAAUAGCAGGCGGAAAGCGAAAUUCCUUAUACAGUCUGAAACAUUUUGUAAGAUUUUUCACCUUUCUGUUAUUUUCACGUAUGAACAGUGUUCGGUGUCCUGUGGUCAAGGAAUUAAAAGAAGAAAAGUAGCAUGUGAUGCUGUGGGUUCUAAGGAGGGAUGUGACAGUUCAGCUGUACCUAUUUCCUGGAGUUACUGCAAUAAAGGACCGUGUCCUAAAAUUCUCGCUAUUCCUUCUAUAAUUAAUGUAAGUUAGUUUGUCAAAAGUUUUUUUUCUCAAUAGAAACUCUCAAUAUGAUAGUCUACUCGUCACAUCCUUCACAAUGUUUCUUAUAUAUUAUUGCACUAGGAAUCACUGUGCUGUUGAAUGAUGUCUUGAAAGGUUCUGGUCAUACAUGUACAAACUCAAUCAAUAAGAUGCUAAACAUUUUCGCCUCACAAUAAAAGAUAUCAGUUCAAACUGGGUUCUGUUGUCGUUGUCCUCAUUUUUACUCAGGCAAGAAACGAGAAGCAAUGCACUGGAUUGGACUGCCAGAUGUGGUCUGUGAGUGACUGGAGUAAGGUAAGGUUUUUUCCGCACGAUGGGACGGGAAUUGGACGUUGGGGCACAUUUUCAAGUUUGUCUCUUUUAUUUGAGAAAAAUCUUUAUAAAAACCAUUGGAUUCGGUCAUGGUUUCUGUCAAUUUAUCAAUUGCAGUGUUCGGUAACAUGCGGCCAAGGAAGCCAAGUCCGCCGUGUGUACUGCGCCAGAUCACGUCUUUUUUGUGACAAGGCACUUCGACCUUUUGGACACAGGACAUGUACGAUGGUCCCUUGUGCGAAGUGGCAAGUAGGAUCUUGGGGUGAAGUAAGUGAAACGCACUUGAAGAUAAAUGCAACUAUCUUUAACUUUCUAACUUGUUAUAAAGGGAACACAGAAUAGUUAAAAGCCAAUCCUUACCAUAACACGACGCUGGUAUUCUUUUAGCUCUUUGGGUGAUCUCUCCACUGAUCCCAAAUCCUUGAAAAGGCCCUUAAGAACUUCUGGGUGGGACGACAACCGCUAAACUACAGGGUCCACGAUACUAGUAGUAGGACACUUCUGUAAAGCACUUUACGGUGAAGUAGGUAUCCUCAAUAAAGAUUGUCAUUAUUAUCACUGAAUGAUAAUGAUCCUUAUGAUCAUGUUAUUGUCGAUCCAGGUGGCCCCUCUUAGUGGCCACAUUAUAUCCAAUCAAGUACUGAGAUUUUUUAAUCUACAUUCACUCGAUUUUAAAAAGUGCUUAAAGACCGUUUGCAUUACAGGAUCCAAAGAACAAAAACCUCUUGGAGCUUGUGGUAGAUUAGCGUAAAAUGGAAUCAAAAUCCUCAUCAGCCAAAUACCUAUUCGCAAGGGGGUAAAGAAUAUCUAUAAGGGUACGUGUAUAAAAUGUUUUUAAAAAAAUUGAUUAACGCCAAUAUCAUGUUUCCCUUUUUUCAGUGUUCAGCUACUUGUGGAAAUGGUACCCGGAAACGCAUAGUGAAAUGUUAUGAGAUAAAAAGUGGCUUAAAAUCAAGGGACUGUCCCAUGGAAAGCAAGCCACAUCACUACGAGAAAUGCAACACCAAAGCGUGUCCUACUAAAAUGAACGGUAAGUUUUCCUAACACACCUAUUUAGAUCACAGAUCCCCUUGGGAGAUCACUCAAUUUGACUUAUCCCCGGUUGUAUCCAUGCUACAGGACAAGUUAUUUUCAACAUUAUAGCUGUUUACUUUUCUUAACGUAAUAUUGUUUUUUUUUUUGGUUUUUUUUUUAAAUAACCAGUCGUAAAAUCGAUAUAUCCUGUAUCUCUUUGAUAAACACAAUCCCGGAUCUCGACGCCUACCUUAACCCUUUAAAAUUCCGACUCCGUUACUGUCCCAUCCCUCCUCUUCUUUAUAAUUUAGUCUUCGGUACCAAGUUUCGUUUAUAGUAACAAUCGCUAUCUCCCGUAUGUCGUUUGUAAUUACAAUCGCUAAUAUCGCUGUUCUCCAGUAAAAUCCUGAAUCCCAGUCUUCAAUUAUACUAAAUAUUGUUAGUCCCUGUACGGCGUUUUCCCAGUCCCUCUCGGUCAAUUCACCUCGCUGACGUGUCCGAGGCGAAAGGGCGGGAGGCCUCACAUUUUCGCUUGGAUCACGUCACCUGAAAAGCGCGGAAUAAUGAGACCUAGUGACUAGGCAAAGCUAAAUACAGGAUCCCGAAAACCAUUUUGGAGACUCAGCAAACAAGGCUCCUUCUGAUUUGUUCAUAGGAAAGUCACAGCAUAGGGGUAAACCGACUCAAAAAUUAUCCAAGAACUGUUUUGAAAGUGGCAGGGACACAUAUUUUUGCAAGUUGGUUGUGCUCCACAAGUUUUGCCGGUUCAAACACUGGAAGGACAGAUGUUGUAAAACUUGCCACUGGACUGCGUUGUGA